UGGGCGGCAUAUAUAAUGGGCGAGACGCCACGACAACACCACCAGAACCACUCCAGGUCCAGCAGCAGCUCUUCCUCUACCCUACAAGACAAGAGAAUGCGUCCCUCCGUGCUGUGUGCGUUGGUGAUGGUGGCCGUGAUGGCUCCUUACCUCCCUCAGUGCCACGCCCAGGGUUGGGAGGCACUGUUGCCAGCCUUCGUGGACAAGCUAUCAGGGUUGUGGAGGAACGGGGAGGUGGAGCUGCUGGGCAGACACUACUGUAGCUUCGCCGUCAAGCCAAAAAUCAAAAGUUGGGAACUUUACUUCUUGGGAACCGUGUCCUGCCCUGGCUGGACACGCAUCAGAGGCCACUCCGAGACCAGAAGCUACUCUAAUGUGGUCAACAAGGCGACUGAGGACUUCCUGAGGAAUGCGCUCAAGGCCGGCAUCAUCACCGAAGAGGAUCUCAAUACCUGGCUCAAUAACUAACUCUUUGGUUGACCUUAUCUCUGAAAACACGCUCCAGCUCCUCGUAGACUUCCACCUCUCCUCACCUUUCAAGAAACGUACCUGUAACACACACACACACACACACACACACACACACACCAGUUGGGAGUCUGGAGCCAGGUACUACCCAUCGCUGGGCUCCUUAGCUAUCACAAUGUACCAACAUUACUCACAAUCAACAUUAAGUUGUGAGGAUGCGUUACCCCCAGAGCUCACGAGCCAAUCUUCACAUUUAUAUAUUCAUACAUUAUCAUAUAAUGGAAGACUUAUUUUACUGAUUCUUCUGAUGCAAUUUUUUUUUUGUAUGUGUUUGUAUCUUUAAGGGAAAAUCUUACCAAUAAAAAUGUUUUUUCGAA